AAACACCAUCAGCAUUGCACAACAGAGGGAAAACUCGGGUAUAUAAAGGGCGUAUACAUUGUCAUACCAGGGUUACCAUCAGGUCUGACAAGAGUUGGUCAUUUAGAUUCAAGUAAAGGACCACCGAACCAACUGAUUGUGGGUUUCCGUUAUUGUUCGACGGAAAUAUAUUCCAGGUAUUGUAUAAAUCUGGAAAUUCAGCAGAGAACGGUUUCGGAAUCUUCGAAGAAUAUGGCGGCCACCGAAAGUUCAUCUGAAACUGCUGAGCCCUCCCAGGCAGUACAGGGAAACAGUGACGUCCAGCUCUGCGAAAUCAACAUAGUGAAGCAGAGCUUUGUUGGUCAGUGUCGCGUGCUGUCCAAUAUAGGUGACCACAGACAUAUUGUGACUCUCGUGCCAAAGGACAAAGAUUUGGUCAUCAAAUUCCAGCUGACAGAAAACUAUCCAAAUGAUGCGCCUGGGAUUUUGAUAAAAUCUUCAGUUCUGGAUGAGGAUGAGACGACGGCCCUUCAGAUCCACCUUCAGGACAGGUCAGAACAGCUGAAAGGACCGAGCACUAUACUGACUCUUGCUGCUGAGGCUGAGACCUGGCUCGAGAGUCAGGGAAUCGUUAUAGAAGAGAGGAGUCAUGAACACCAAGCAAAGAAAGCAAUCAAAUACUCCGCUAAAGGGAAAGGGGACAAACAAAAACGGAAGAAACGGAAGGAAGAGAUAGAGGAAAAGGAAACAGAAAAUGGGAAGAAAGCCUCAAUGAAAACAGCUGAAGAUGUAAUUAAGCGGAUACAAUGGGACGGAGAGCUGCCACAGGACGAGUUCAUUGUAGGUUACAUAGAUAGGUUCACGGGAAUUCAAGAGAAGUACUUCGAUACGUUCAGCUGGGAGGAUAUCGCUUCUGUAGAUUACACUGUACUAGCCAUCCCAAAACACAGGAUUCAAUUUAAAUAUCGAGACGUAAAAAUCUGGGAUAAAAAUGAAAGAUUGGAUAAUGUUUUUGGAUCUUUAGGAAGUAAACUUACUGUAUAUGAUAUAAUUAAACAGUGUAAGAAAGAGGAAAAGAAAAAAGCGGCGGAAAGCACCACAAACGAGGAUGAGGAUGACAUUGAGGAAGACAGCGACAGUGAUGAUGGUAUUAGUGUUUCUGUUGGCGCCUCUGUAAACCCAACAGUUGACACUAAUUAUGAAGAUGAAGAAGGACAUUUGUCUGAUGAAAAUGAAGGAUUUGAUAAAUAUUGGCGGGACAAAAUGAGACCUAAUCACUUUGUAGCCUUGCGUAUUUCAAACGAUGAUAUCAGAAAUACGGCAGGAGAUAUACAAAAUAUAAUCCUCGAACAUGAGCCCCAGUACAGUGAAUGUUGUAUCCCUCCAAACGCCCUCCAUAUCACGCUCUGCACCCUCGGACUCGACACGCCGGAACAGGUUUCAAAUGCUGUACAGGCCCUGAAAAAGAUCAAACCAGAACUGGAGACCAUAGUACCUAAAGAUAAACCAAUUGUGAUGAAGGGUGUCGAACAAUUUUUCAAUCGGGUUCUUUAUGCAAAAGUUGAAUGUCCGCCCGAAUUUUACCAGUUUGUGGAACAUUUAAAGUUGUGUCUGAAAGAAGAAGGGGUCGAUAUUCGUGAUAACCAUGAUUUUGUUCCUCACAUGACAGUAAUGAAAAUCACUCGCACUGUUGCUAGGACAACUGGUAAGAAGUACAUAUCGCCUUGGCUGUACUCGGGUCAAGCUGAAGUGGACUUUGGAACGCAGGUUGUGGACAAUGUCCAUCUGUGUGAAAUGGGAUUCGGUCGCCAGAACGACGGGUUCUACAUGACGCCGGUAUCGAUUACCUGGUGAGGAAUGGUAUAAUUUAUCAAUCAUAACGGGUAAUAUUGACAUCAUAUGGAUCGGUUACCUGGUGAAGAAUGGUAUAAUUUAU